AUGCCUCCAAAGUCGCAGAUGUCCACUCCAAAUCUCAAGAUUGAACCUCUGACUCAACCAACCGAGCAUCGAUACCAGACGGAAAUAGAGCAAAUGAUGUUUGUCUUUGGCGAAGUCUCAGAACCACUCGACGCAACGGUACAACUCAUUGAAGAUAUCGUGCAACACCAGAUCUCGGAAUUGAUCCAACAAACAACACAGCACGUCCUCACGAAAAGAAACUCUCGAAUCAUAACAGCAGAAGACAUUGUGUUUCUGAUACGUCGAAAUCCAGCCAAGGUGCGUCGACUACGAUCAUAUCUCAGUUGGAAGGAUGUGAGGAGGAAUACAAGUGAGAAGGAUGGUGGGAGUGCUGUUGAUCCUGAAGAUUUGUUGGAGAGUGGAGCUAGUCCUGUUAUUACUACCGACAAGUCAAUGAAAGUCAAGAGAGCAAAGAUCCAUUUCUCGUGGGACCCAUUAUCAUCCUUCAACGCUAUGGUAGACGACUAUUCGGCUGAUGAGGACGACGAUGAUAAUGAUGAUGAGCAAGAUCUUGAUGAUGAGCAAGAUCAAGCUCAUCAAGCGCAUAUUCAACGCUUACGUACUGAAGAUGAAGUUACAAAGGCGAUGACUCUUGAAGAAUACAAGAGAUGGACUGAAUGUCGAGGUGCUUCUUUCACGUAUAAGAAGGCUAAAAAGUUUCGGGAAUGGUGUGGUCUUACUGGAACCUACGAAUCAAAAUCAAACACCGAAAUAAUCGACAUCCUCGGCUUUCUAUCCUACGACAUGGUCGGAAACCUAACAGAAACGGCACUCCGAAUAAAACAGGAAUGGGAUUUAUCGAAACGUAAAAAGACAUCAACAAGUAGUGGUGCUGUUACUCCUGCCGUCGCAGAUAACGAACAUAAUAACAACAUGAAUAUGGACGAAGAUGAAGAAGACGAUGAUGAUUAUCUAGCAUCGUUGGCAGGUAUGAAUUCACUAUUCGGGAAGUCGGUUAGUGAAAGGACGCCACUGCUGCCUUCUCAUGUGCAUGCUGCAUAUCGGGAGAGUCAGAUGGAGAGGAGUCAUGUGUUGAGGAAUUUUAGAGGUGGGGUUGUGAGGAGUUCUGAGGUGUUUAUAUGA